GUAAAAGUCGUCUCUCACUCGUCUGCGAUAUCAUCGCCGGAGGUUUGUGAUCAAAGAACUUGUGAGCCAGCUCACCAGUAAUUGGUGCAGCUGUCGUUUGUUCUUUCUCUCCGAAUCUUCUCGUUUGCAGAAAAUUUAGUUCUUAUGCGAGGUAGGUCACGAUUUUCGGAGGAGGAUCGCAGAUACGUCUGUUUUGUGAUUACAGUGUUCUCAGCUAGUUUGGUUUGUUUUCUGGAUAGUGGUGGAACGUGGUCGCUUUGAAUCGGUAAUAUGAUACCGACUUGGUUUGAAGAGCGGUAGCCUAGAAUCUAGUGGCUUGCUGCUAAAGCAAAUGUCCGUGAAUCGCGAAAUUCGAGGGUGACGAUCGAGUGACACGGUCGUGUCGUUCCGAUUCUGCGUGUCGCGGGACUAGGAUCAAUCGCAUGGGAAGGUGCAAGAAGAAGCCCAAGGACAUAGAAUACGACGUGAUGGAACGGGCAUGACAGGAGCUGGUCGAGCGUUUUGGGGGCCGCAAUGAGGAGUUUUCCAUUUCAGCGGUUCAUAUUACAGGGGUUUUUUUGGUUUUUCUUACUCAUCUUGCAGUACGUGCAUCUCUCGGAAGCGCAGGAUACACUUGUAACCAAGCACUUGACUUUGAGCAUAGACUGCGGCGCUACUGCAGAGUAUAAAGAUGCCAAUAAUAUCACCUGGGUGCCCGAUGAUUCCUUCAUCAGAACAGGAGUAAAAGUGCCUAAUGCUACUUCGCAGGUUGACAACUCUUAUCGCAGGUACCAAAGCUCGCGAUACUUUCCGGAGAAAGCUGUCAACAAGUUUUGCUAUGAUUUACCUGCAACUAACGGCACUACCUACCUAGUCCGAACUACUUUUGUACACGUUAACCUCACUAAAGACACACAAAGUGAUACUUCCACAAGUUUCCAGCUCCACAUUGACUCGACCAAUGUUGCUAUCAUCAAUGCCCAAUCGAAGAAACUGUUCAACAAUUCCUCCAAUUGGACACAUGUUGAGGAGGUUAUCAUGUCAGCCGUUGCGAAAAACAUCUAUGUCUGUCUUGCACGUGAAAUCGGUGUUCCAUUCAUCAAUUCCAUCGAGCUGCGGGCGCUGGAUCCACAGAUGUACCAGAAGGUACACCAAGGUUACAUGCUGAUCACCAAUUAUCGUUACGACAUGGGAGGCGAUCAGGAUGUAAGCUACCCGAUUGACGUUUAUGAUCGCCUUUGGCUUAAGAAUCCAAUUUCGAAUGUUCCAGGAUACAGAAAUCUUUCUGUUACUACGUCAAAUGUGACUACGGGAGAUUCUACACUCUCCCCAGACAACGCUCCUGAAAGAGUAUUGAACACGGCUAUUGACUGGCCGAAGGGCACCAACGUCUCAAUUCCCUUCAAUGUGAGCGAAGAUGGAAACUACGUGGUCCUUCUGUGGUUUGCUGAAUUAAUCCCGGAUGACGGACGGCGGAUAUUUGAGGUCGGUGUUGACGGGAUCUGGUCAGCUCCAAUCUCACAAUUAGGCGUCGCAGAAUUCAGUCUGCGAGCAUACGAGUGGGGUUACGACAGCCUCAAUUUAUCCAGGACAUCCCAGAUUUCUUUCAAUGCCACUGAAGACUCAAACCAGGGGCCCAUACUCAACGCAAUGGAGGUUUACAAAGUAUCUGAACCUAUUCAACCGAGAACAGACGACCGAGAUGUUGCUGCCAUUGACGCCAUCAAGGAACACUGGGCGAGCUUGAGCAGAUGGGCUGCGGAUCCUUGUUUAUACCUUCCAUAUAAAUGGGUCUCUUGUUCACUGGUCCCUAUUCCAAGAAUCACAAGCCUAGACUUUGUGGGAUUUAACUUGACUGGAUCGAUACCUGGUGCUGCUGCCCUCAGUAAUCUUUCUGAACUGAUAUUUUUGUCGUUCGAGAAUAAUUCACUGUCUGGGCCUGUGCCGGAUUUAAGUUUUCUGACGAAGCUGGAGCAAUUGCAUUUGCAGAACAAUAAUCUCACGGGGCAAUUCCCUGCAUGGGUUGUGAAUUUGGCAUCCCUUCAAGUGCUGCGUGUAGAAGGCAACAACUUCACUGGAUAUGUACCGCAGAGCUUAUUCAACAAGACGCGCUUUACGUUCACGUACACUUCCACAGGUCUUUGUACAGGGCCCUCUCCCACAAACUGCACAGCACUACGUGAUGCUGAAACACCCUCAGAGUCCAGUAAAACACCCUCAGGCACUAGUAGCCUUUUAGGCAUUCUAUUCGGUUGUAUGGCUGCUGGAUUCGGAGCUUCCAUCAUCUUUGGUUUGGUUUGUGUAUUUGUUCUCAAGCCGCGGAGAGCAUCCUCUUCAUAUUCAACAAGACAUCUUUUGAAGGAAGACCCUGAAGCAGGUUCCGAUUGCGGCGCUAAAGGUCCACUGAUAGGGUACUCGUUCAUGGAUGUUGUAAACGCAACUAAUAAUUUUAAAGAACAAAUUGGCGAGGGAAGUUACGGGCCUACCUACAAAGGUAGAUUGUCCGAUGGCAAAGAAGUUUUAGUCAAACGAUGCCGUCCAUCCCGUAAAUUGUCAACUUUACAAUUUCUCGCCGAGGUGGAGCACCUCUCAAAAAUUCGUCAUAGAAAUCUCGUUUCGUUGCUUGGUUAUUGCAAAGAAAGCCAGGAGCAGAUUUUAGUGUAUGAAUACCUGUCAAAUGGUGAUCUCCGAACGUAUCUCCAUGGGGGUGAAAAGCCCCUAUCAUCUAGCGCACGCUUAGCAAUUGCUCUCGAUGUUGCUCUAGGGCUUCAAUACCUGCACGUAGGUCGCAAUCCAGGUAUUAUACACCGAAAUGUGAAGCCAGCCAACAUUCUACUCUCAAAGAAAAUGGUAGCGAAGGUAGCAGACUUUGGCUUUGUUGAGUUCACGGGUGAAAAAGAUUCAAAACUUCGAGGCUACAGCGUUGAUUUGACGGGCAUUACUGGAUAUCUCGACCCUGAGUUUGUGACGGGGAACUGUCAUUUGACAGACAAGAGCGAUGUCUACGGCUUCGGUGUGACAUUGUUGGAGUUGAUAACUGGAAAGGAAGUAAUCGACAAGACAGUGACUAACAGGGAUCCUCUCUUGAUCGAAUGGAUGAGACCUCUGUUAGCAGCCGGGAAGAUAAAAGACGUGGUGGAUCCAUCUCUUGACGAUGACUACGAUGAAGAAUGCAUGUGCAAAGUUGCGAAACUUGGAAUGAUGUGUGUGGAGCCGAGGGCUCUAGACAGACCCACCAUGGCAGACGUGGUGGCAGACCUCCGAGAAGCAAUGGGAGAAAUGGAAGAAAGCGCUUAAACAACAACGUGUGCUACUGCAUCGACACUGCAACCAUCGAGGCUACCUAGGAAGCUUCGAUCGAGAGUUGCAAUUCAACGAGGAACCAAUUCCAUCACCACAUGCGUGAUGAUCUUCGAAGAGGAGUGAAAACAUUCGUUGGAAGCGCGAAAUCCUGUGUGUGAUCAGGUCACGAAGCAAGUCCCAUGAUUGCAUUUCAUGGCUAGCAUAUCUGUAUUUAGGAGACAGAGAGAGUUCGUCAUGGAGCUGCCAUUGUUCAAGUUUGGAAAACAUAAUCAAUACGCGCAAGCUUUCGUUAUGCAAAUUCCCUGCUUGCAAAACCCAAAAUGUGCUUAAAUCCUUUGCCAUUCUGCUAUUCUCGAUCAGAAACGGAGCCUAGUCCAUUCUUCA